AUGUCGAGAUUCACUAAGCCAAGUAUAAACUGGGUAGAAUUGGAGAAAUUGGUGGCACCAGAUCAGAAGGGCAAGUUCUUCGCAUUCAAGGCUAAAUCGGACGCUUACUUCAGACGUGUGGAAUCUAACCCCCCUGAGCCUCCGCCGAUCGACUGGGCGGAGUAUAAGAAGAUAGUCCCGAUCCCAGGCCUGGUGGACAACUUCCAGACGGCCUACCAAGCCUUUAAGGCACCCUUCCCAGCAGACACCCUCACCAGUCAGGUCGACAGCCAAUGGGCGAAGUUGCAAGAAGACAUCAAGAAGUUUGUGUCUGAACAGCAGAAAGAAAUUGAUACGGCUACAAAGGAAAUAAACAGAAUAAAAGCCCUGCCGAGGUUCGAGGAUAUGACCAUGGAGACGUUCUUUGACAUGUACCCUGAUGUUGCUAUAGACCCAGUAAACAAGCCUUCCUUCUGGCCGCACAACCCUGAAGAACAGCCAGAUUAUAAGGAACCUGAGACAAAAACGAAAAAAUGA